AUUAUUACUCUUCUACUAUUAAAUGUUAUUACAAAGCAAAGACCAAUUACUAAACGCUGGCUUGUCCAACAUUCAUAAGAGCCUAAUUUUCUGAUCAUCUCCUAUAAUACCAUUCAACCUCUUCUGUAUCCUUUCUCAUACUACAAUGUCUACCUUAAACAGCGAAAACAUAGAUGAUCCCAACAAAUAUGAAUAUCCCAAUUGGUAUUCACCGGAAACCGGGAUCUACAAUAGCACACAUCCACCGAGAAACCUGCCUUCAGACACAUUUCUUGAUGUCGUUUCCUUCCUUUUCUCAUGCCAACACAAAGGGGUCUCAGCCCUUAUCGAUGCCUCAUCCGGGGUUUCAAUACCUUACUCGGAGCUCUACUCUUCGGUCAAAUCCAUGGCCUCCGGCCUCCAUUCGACGGGCGUCACGAAAGGCGACGUCGUUCUGGUUAUGCUUCCGAACUCCAUUUACUUUCCUGUCGUUCUUUUGGGAGUGUUGCACUCGGGAGCCAUUUUCACUCCCAUGAAUCCUCUAAGCAGCGUCACGGAAAUCGAGAAACGCGUCGCCGAUUGCAAGCCUUGUCUUGCCUUCACUGUCCCUGAGAAAGUGGACAUCUUUCGGAAACUUGGUGUUGCUGCAAUUGGAGUGCCUGAUCAAAAUGUGAGCCUUGGUGAUUUUUUGGACUUUUCAAAGCUUAUUUCUAGUGACUAUAACUUGGCUUCGAGGCCAUUAAUUAUGCAAGAAGAUACGGCGGCAAUAAUGUAUUCUUCUGGAACCACGGGUUUGAGCAAAGGCGUCGUAUUGAGUCAUGGAAAUUUUAUAGCCAUGAUCGAGCUUUUUGUGCGGUUUGAGGCCUCGCAAUACGACUAUCCGAGCUCGGAGAUCGUUUAUUUAGCGGUUCUGCCGAUGUUCCAUGUUUACGGCCUCGCCUACUUCGCAAUGGGGUUGUUUUCUCUUGGUUCCACCGUCGUUGUGAUGAGAAAAUUUGACAUGAAUGAGGUGGCGAGGGCCGUAGAAAAAUAUAGAGUUACACACAUUGCUGCUGUUCCGCCGAUAUUAACGGCCUUGACAAAGGCUGCCAAAAACAAUGGUGGGAAAAGCUUUCGAAGCUUGAAGCAGGUUUCAUCUGGGGCUGCUCCUCCAAGUAGGAAGAUGAUUGAAGAACUUGUCCAGGUUUUUCCUCACGUUGAUUUCAUUCAGGGGUAUGGCAUGACUGAAUCGACCGCAAUAGGAACCCGUGGCUUCAAUACGAAAAACUGCAGGGAUUAUUCUUCGGCAGGACUUUUGGCACCAAACACACAAGCCAAAGUGGUGGAUUGGAAAACUGGAUCCUUGUUGCCCCCUGGCAACAGUGGUGAACUUUGGUUAAGAGGACCAGGAGUUAUGAAAGGAUACCUAAAUAAUGAUUCGACAACGAUGUCUUCAAUCGACAAAGAUGGGUGGCUACGUACAGGAGAUAUUGCUUACUUUGACCAAAAUGGAUAUUUAUAUAUAGUUGAUCGAUUGAAAGAGAUGAUCAAAUACAAAGGCUUUCAGAUUGCUCCAGCGGAUUUAGAGGCUGUGUUGGCUUCCCAUCCUGAGAUACUCGAUGUUGGUGUGACGGCUGUCAUGGAUGAAGAUUGUGGGGAGAUACCGGUGGCAUUUGUGGUUAGGAAGCAGGGAAGCUCGCUUUGCCAUGAAGAUGUCAUAAACCAUGUGGCUCGACAGAUGUCUGUGUUGGCAGGUUGCACCGUACAAGAAGAUCAGAAAGGUGGUAUUUACAAAUUCGAUACCCAAAUCUCCGGCCGGAAAAAUCCUCCGGAGAGAACUCAGGGAGUCCUUAACUUCUAAACUCUAAGGCCAUGUGUUAUAUGGCGCACAAGAAUUAUAUAUAUAUAUACAUAUAUAUAAUAACUAUAAUAAUGUGUGUCUGUAUUUUUCUAGCUUGUGUGCUUAACGUUGUAUGUCAUCUACGUAUUUUUUAAUAAAGUUCGUACUAUGUUAAGGAGCUACCUUCUUGGAUCAUAAGAAUUAGAGGCAGGCCCAGCAGCCCAAAUGAAAAAUUUCGGGCUUAGUCGACCCUAAAGAUGGGAGGAUCGGCCUAACCUGACUUUAAAUCCCGAUUGCUUAGAAUGUUAUAAUAAAGCAUUUUCAAUUUUUUAUUUUUAAAAAAAACAAAGAUGUUCAUGCCCACUCGGCCUAGUCUGUAUUAGGUUUUGGGCUCAAAACCUUGGCCCAGUCUGACUCAGAGGUCCGGGCCAGACCCGGGUUAAAAGUGACGGGUCUUGGACCGACUGGUUUCGCCGGAGUUAACCAUGCAGUUCUAAUAAGAAUUAGUGA